UAUUUUGUUUUCUUGUCUUCCCGUUUUCUUUCUUUGGUAUAUGCUCCCAGAAUCUCGUCUUAUCCCCCUUGUAUUAAAUUAGACUCACUCGCACCUCCACACACACACAAUUAAAACAUACUGUAAUAUCUAUAUCUAUCUAUCUAUGGCGCCAGCUACAACUUCAUUACUUAACUAUAACGGCAUAUACUUCACAUUCUCGGCGGCGUCUGAAUCUCACGCACUCUUCUUCAAGUCUAACCGUUUCUCGACUAACAAAUUUCUGAUCAACAAUUCUGUUUCCUCCGUACAACCGUCACCGUCCGGCCGCCGUAGAACACUAGUGUCCACCGUGCCGGUAGAGUACGUACCACCAGCUCCUAAUUUUGAUUUCACUAACGAGCUUAACCGUCUGCGUAUAUUACGGUCCGGAUUAUCUGGUUCCAAAACGUUGAAAGAUAAAAUCCACGUGGUGGAUUCUGAUUCGAAAGUGAAGCGGUUUUUUAGGAGAGACGGUUAUGAGAGGAGUGGAUUGAAUAAUGUAAAUUUGGAUGAGUAUGAGCUGUAUUUGAUUAAAUGUAUUGUUGCUGCUGGUCAAGAGCAUGUGUUAGGGUCGGGUUAUGAUGAUAUGGAUAGUUCGGGUGGUGAAUUUGUGUCGGCUAGAAGUACGUUGAAGUCGGCUUUGUAUAGUUUGGUUGAAAUAAUUGAAAAAUGGGAUGGAAAUGAUGAUGAUCAUCAUGUGAAUAAGAAGGUUGAUAGUGUCGAGUUGAAUUCGUUACUGAAGACGCUUCGUGAUGUUGAAGAGUUUUAUGAUUGUAUUGGAGGCAUUAUUGGAUACCAGCUAAUGGUUUUAGAGCUUCUUCAUCAGUCUGUACAUGGAGAGAAGGAUAUUAAGUUUCAGCUCGUAAAUAACUCUAACUCGAUGGGGACGCCUUUAUUAGAAAUUCAUCCUCCAAGUGUGCUUGAUCUUUCGCAAGACGCGGAAUAUGCUGCACAGGCAGCUUUAUGGGGAAUUGAGGGUUUGCCGCAACUAGGAGAGAUUUAUCCUCUUGGAGGCUCUGCUGACAGGCUUGGAUUGGUGGAUUCAGUCACAGGUGAAUGUCUCCCUGCCGCAAUGCUUCCUUAUUGUGGCCGGACCUUGUUGGAAGGUCUUAUAAGAGAUCUUCAGGCCAGGGAGUUCUUAUAUUUCAAAUUAUAUGGAGAGCAAUGCAUAACUCCUGUUGCUAUUAUGACAAGCUCGGCCAAGAACAACCAUCAACAUAUCACAUUGCUGUGUGAAAGAUCCAACUGGUUUGGAAGAGGGCAAUCAAGUUUCAAACUUUUUGAGCAGCCACUUGUCCCAGCUGUUAGUGCCGAAGAUGGCCAGUGGUUAGCAAAGGGAAAGUUUGUGCCUGUCUGCAAGCCUGGUGGUCAUGGUGUGAUAUGGAAACUUGCUUAUGACAAAGGCGUUUUUCAAUGGUUUCGUGAUCAUAGAAGAAAAGGCGCAACCGUUCGGCAAGUCAGUAAUGUUGUAGCUGCUACAGACAUGACCAUGUUGGCCAUGGCAGGGAUUGGUCUGCAUGAAGGGAAGAAGCUUGGUUUUGCAUCGUGCAAACGAAACUUUGGUGCUACAGAAGGCAUAAAUGUUCUGGUUGAGAAAGGCAAGCCUGAUGGGACAUGGACAUAUGGUGUGUCAUGCAUCGAGUAUACUGAGUUUGACAAAUUUGGAAUUACCGAUGGAUCUCAUUCUCAUAAUAGUUUUCAGACAGAGUUCCCAGCAAAUACAAAUAUUCUAUAUGUGGCCUUGGAUGCUGCAGAGCUUACUGGAUCAAGCAAGGACGAGACGAGUUUACCAGGCAUGGUGCUGAAUGUGAAGAAAUCAAUAAAUUUUGUGGACCAAUAUGGAAUCCAACAUGGUGUUUCAGGUGGGCGCUUGGAAUGCACAAUGCAAAAUAUCGCUGAUAACCUUGCUAAUAGAUUCGGGACUCGGUGUUUUAAAGGUGUAGAAGAGAUGCUAGAUACCUUCAUUGUCUAUAAUCACCGAAGGAAGGUCACAUCAUCUGCCAAGAAGAAACGAAAACCUGCUGACAUGUCCUUGCACCAGACACCAGAUGGUGCACUACUUGACAUACUACGAAAUGCAUAUGAUCUUCUUUCAUAUUGCGAUAUCGCGCUCCCUGAGAUUGGAAGUAAUGAUAUAUAUGCCAAUUCUGGACCUCCAUAUCUCAUUCUUCUUCAUCCUGCUCUAGGUCCUCUGUGGGAAGUCACCAGGCAAAAGUUUCACGGAGGUUCCAUUUCCGAAGGUUCCGAGUUACAAGUGGAGGUUUCUGAGUUCUUAUGGAGAAACGUUCAGCUUGAUGGGAGUUUGAUGAUCAUGGCUGAAAAUGUCAUUGGCUCUCAUAUGGAUCGUAAACAUGAGUCGAUACUACAAUAUGGUUACAGGUGUGCACGGUGCAAGUUAGAGAAUGUAAAUAUUCAAAAUAAAGGAAUAGACUGGAGUUCAGAUAAGAAUAUUUAUUGGAAGCAUGAUGUGCAGCGAUUUGAGUCACUACAAGUCAUACUGCAUGGAAAUGGUGAAUUUGAAGCUGUUGAUGUCAGCCUCGAGGGAAAUCAUGUGUUUGAAGUCCCAGAUGGCUACAAGAUGAUCGUCACAUCCGAAAAUUCAGGUUUAUCUAUAAAUUUGAAUCCUAUUAAAAAGGAAUGUAUGGAUAGUGGAAGCUGGUUCUGGAAAUACAUGUUAAAGGACAAACACAUUCAAUUGGAGUUGGUGGAAUUCUAGAGGAGCCACAGAACAUUUACCUUUUGAGAAUCAUCGUUCACAGAAGAACCUAACCUUUUCACCUGUGUGGUUCAACAGAAGUUAAACCCCUUUCGCCCACGUAUUCUUGUAAUAGCAUGUGUAGUAUGAGCCUAGUAUGACCAGUAAGGUCUCGGGUAUAUUUCUUGUAAUUUUAUUGUAAAUUAUGUGUAAAAAUUGUUGUGGGUAUAUCAAUAUAUAAAAUUAUUGGUUGGGCAAUAA